AAACCCUAAAACCCUGGUCUUUGUCACUUCUCAAACGCUACCUUCUUACUCUGUUUGCUCACUUCACUCUGAUCAACGGCCGUCCCUUUAAAACCAUUUCCGUAUAAAUUUACUGCAUGCAAUAAUGUCUGCUCCUUUGGAUAUUACCCCAGCUGACUUCUUACAAGGUACCAAAAAUCAUAACUUUUUCUUGCCAAAGCCUUUACCAAAAAGUAGGAUUUCCCAUUUGCUUUUUGGGUCAAAAAACCAACGAAAAAGCUCGGUUAGGUUAUGCAAUAAAGGUGUUCGACGAAAUGCCUCAGAGAAAGUUAAGGCUGUUGUGUCAGUAGAUGCACAGGAGUUGGGUAAUGUUGAGGGUUUGGUUGAUGAAAAGGUGAUUCAUUUUUAUCGAACUCCCUUGAUUCAAGAAAGUGCGAAUGAGGAGUUACUGAAAUUGGUUCAGACCAAGAUUUCUGAUCAGAUUGUUGGGUUGAAAACAGAACAGUGUUUUAAUAUUGGGGUUGUUGGGGAUUUGUCGAGUGAGCAGAUGUCGGUGCUUAGAUGGCUUUUGAUGGAAACUUACGAGCCUGAGAAUCUAGGGGAGGAAAGUUUUAUCGUGAAAGAAAGGAAAGAAGGGUUUAUUACGGUGGUUGUUGAAGUUGGGCCUAGGUUGUCUUUCACCACGGCUUAUUCUGCAAACGCCGUGUCAAUAUGCCAGGCUUGUGGGUUAUCUGAAGUUACUCGGUUAGAACGGUCUAGAAGGUAUCUUUUGUAUGUUAAAGAAGGUGGUGCACCACUUUUAGAUAGUCAAGUUGAAGAGUUUGCUGCAAUGGUGCAUGAUAGGAUGACUGAGUGUGUUUACCCUAAAAAACUUGUUUCUUUUAAGACUAGUAUAGUUCCCGAGGAGGUUUAUUAUGUUCCGGUCAUGGAAAAGGGACGGAAAGCAUUGGAAGAGAUUAAUCAGCGUAUGGGGUUGGCGUUUGAUGAACAAGAUCUACAAUAUUACACUAAACUGUUCAAAGAUGAUAUUAAAAGAGACCCGACUAAUGUUGAGCUCUUUGAUAUCGCACAGUCGAAUAGUGAACACAGCAGGCACUGGUUUUUCACUGGAAAAAUUGUUGUAGAUGGAAAACCUAUGAACCAGACUCUUAUGCAGAUUGUAAAGAGCACUUUAAAGGCGAACCCUAACAAUUCAGUGAUUGGGUUUAAAGACAACUCAAGUGCAAUCAAAGGGUUUCUGGCUAAGCCCCUGCGCCCUACUAACCCUGGUUCUACAUCUCCGUUGAGCCCGAGUACCCGUGAUCUUGAUAUUUUGUUUACAGCAGAGACCCACAAUUUUCCAUGUGCGGUUGCACCUUACCCUGGUGCAGAAACUGGUGCAGGAGGUCGUAUUAGGGAUACACACGCAACAGGAAGGGGUUCAUUUGUUGUGGCUUCUACAGCUGGUUAUUGUGUAGGAAAUCUUAAUAUUGAGGGCUCUUAUGCUCCAUGGGAGGAUGCAUCUUUUGAAUAUCCAUCAAAUUUGGCUUCACCAUUGCAAAUUCUUAUAGAUGCCAGCAAUGGUGCAUCAGACUACGGGAACAAAUUUGGGGAGCCGUUGAUUCAAGGUUACACGAGAACAUUUGGAAUGAGACUUCCCAGUGGGGAGAGAAGGGAAUGGUUGAAACCUAUCAUGUUUAGCGCUGGUAUUGGGCAGAUCGAUCACACUCAUAUAACAAAAGGAGAGCCCGAUAUUGGGAUGCUGGUUGUGAAGAUCGGUGGUCCUGCUUAUCGAAUCGGAAUGGGAGGUGGUGCAGCAUCAAGCAUGGUUAGUGGUCAGAAUGAUGCUGAGCUGGAUUUUAAUGCUGUACAGCGUGGAGAUGCUGAGAUGGCCCAGAAGUUGUAUCGGGUCGUUCGUGCUUGCAUCGAAAUGGGUGAGAAUAACCCAAUUAUCAGUAUUCACGAUCAGGGUGCAGGUGGUAAUUGUAAUGUUGUUAAGGAAAUCAUAUACCCAGAAGGUGCUACGAUCGAUAUCAGGGCUAUUGUGGUUGGUGAUCAUACGAUGUCUAUUUUGGAGAUAUGGGGUGCAGAAUAUCAGGAGCAAGAUGCAAUCUUGGUGAACGCCAAAAGUCGCGAUCUUUUGGAGUCUAUCUGUAAACGAGAAAGGGUGUCUAUGGCCGUCAUUGGAACCAUUAGUGGUGAAGGGCAUGUGCGUUUAAUUGACAGCCAUGCUACUGAAAAGCCACCUGCUGUGGAUCUUGAGCUCGAGAAAGUUCUCGGGGACAUGCCUCAGAAAACAUUUGAGUUUCAUCGUGUAAAUGAUGUUCGAGAGUCGCUCGAAAUCGCUCCCGGGAUUACAUUAAUGGAUUCUCUUAAAAGAGUAUUAAGACUACCUUCAAUCUGCUCUAAACGGUUCUUGACUACUAAAGUUGAUAGGUGUGUGACGGGUCUCGUGGCUCAGCAACAAACUGUUGGCCCAUUGCAGAUUACUCUUGCAGAUGUGGCAGUUAUUGCUCAAACAUAUACAGAUUACACUGGUGGUGCAUGUGCCAUCGGGGAGCAACCAAUCAAGGGUUUACUGGAUCCAAAAGCAAUGGCCCGUCUGGCUGUUGGAGAAGCUCUUACAAAUCUUGUUUGGGCUGAAGUUACUUCACUGAGUGAUGUAAAAGCAAGUGGGAACUGGAUGUAUGCUGCUAAACUUGAUGGUGAAGGUGCAGCAAUGUAUGAUGCUGCUAUUGCUCUCUCAGAAGCUAUGAUUGAACUUGGCAUUGCUAUUGAUGGAGGGAAAGAUAGUCUUUCAAUGGCAGCUCGUGCUUCUGGAGAAGUUGUCAAGGCUCCUGGGAAUCUUGUUAUUAGUGCUUAUGUUACGUGUCCAGAUAUAACCAAAACCGUGACCCCAGAUCUGAAGCUUAAAGAUGAUGGCAUACUGGUUCAUAUUGAUUUGGCAAAAGGAAAACGGCGUUUAGGUGGAUCUGCACUCGCUCAGGUAUUUGAUCAAAUUGGGGACGAGUGUCCUGACGUCGAUGACGUACCAUACCUUAAAACCGUGUUUGAAGCAGUUCAAGACCUCGUAAGAGGCGAGUUAGUUUCUGCUGGUCACGAUAUCAGUGAUGGUGGGCUUAUUGUCUCUGUUCUCGAAAUGGCUUUUGCUGGAAACUGUGGUGCCCAAAUCAAUUUAAAUUCACAAGGAAAAAGCAUAUUUGAAACUUUAUAUUCAGAAGAACUCGGCCUUGUUCUUGAGAUUAGCAAAGGUAAAUUUGACAAGGUAUCCACGAUUCUAAAAAACCGAGGGGUUUCUGCAGACAUAAUAGGAAACGUAACUUCUGAACCAACUAUUGGAUUGAAAAUCGACGGGAGAAUUCAUUUAGAUGAGAAAACAGCUGAUCUUAGGGACAUUUGGGAAGAAACCAGUUUCCAUCUUGAAUUAAAGCAAAGAUUAGCCGCCUCUGUAACCUCAGAAAAAGAAGGAUUGAAGAAUCGACAUGAACCUGUAUGGGGGUUGUCAUUUAGACCAAAGUUUACUGAUGAAAGCUACAUGAAUGCAAUUACGAAGCCGAAGGUGGCUGUGAUUCGAGAGGAGGGUAGCAAUGGAGACCGUGAAAUGUCGGCUGCAUUCUUUGCUUCAGGUUUUGAACCGUGGGAUGUUACUAUGUCAGACCUUCUUAGCGGGUCCAUUUCUUUAGACGAUUUUCGUGGGAUCGUAUUUGUGGGUGGUUUCAGUUAUGCUGAUGUGCUUGGUUCUGCCAAAGGCUGGGCUGCUUCUUUAAGAUUCAACCAGCCUCUAUUAAAGCAGUUUCAAGAUUUCUACAACCGCCCAAACACCUUUAGUCUUGGGGUUUGCAAUGGGUGCCAACUCAUGGCUCUAUUGGGAUGGAUCCCAGGCCCUCAAGUUGGUGGAACUCUAGGCAAUGGUGGUGAUGUGGCACAGCCCAGGUUUGUACACAAUGAUUCGGGUCGAUUCGAAUGCCGUUUUACAAAUGUGACCAUAAAAGAAUCCCCAGCAAUAAUGUUUAAAGGCAUGGAAGGUAGUACAUUGGGCGUUUGGGCUGCACAUGGUGAAGGAAAAGCAUAUUUCCCUGAUGACAGGAUUCUUGAUCAAAUUUUAUCUUCAGAUUUGGCACCAGUGAGAUAUUGUGAUGAUGAUGGCAAACCAACAGAAGAAUACCCGUUUAAUCUCAAUGGUUCUCAGCUAGGUGUGGCUGCAAUUUGCUCACCGAAUGGGCGCCAUCUUGCUAUGAUGCCACACCCUGAGCGGUGUUUCAUGAUGUGGCAAUUCCCCUGGUACCCAAAGCAUUGGGAUGUUGAAAAGAAAGGCCCAAGCCCAUGGUUGAAGAUGUUUCAGAAUGCUCGAGAAUGGUGCUCUUGAAAGGUUAGUUUUUUGCGGUUGGGACUUUAUAAAACUUGCAAUUUCGUUGAUUCAAGAUUUUCUUUUCUUGCUGAGAAUGAUGCAGUCAUAGUUUUGUAGAACUGUUGGAUCAUUAUGUAUUAAGAUAAAAUUUGUCAUAUGCUUGUUUGCUAUGAACAAAUGGAUGAUUAAUCAAGCUGCGAAUAUGCAGUAGAUGUUCUGAUAUACUCCAUGUCUUUGAACAGUCUUGAUGACUGCAAAUAAAUCAUAUAGUGUUACAUGAA